CUACAGUUGAGCAACUGCACCUCGCCCCGAAACCUCCCACCAUGAGCAGCCAGAGCAGCAGCAGUAGCGGCAGCAGCGGCAGUGGAAGCAGCAAGACCAACAAGACCGACAAGAAGGCUGCAACAGACAAUAACCCAUUCAAUCUUGAGUCGUACAUUGGACGCUAUCCUGAUUCACAGCUCACUGAUCCUGAGGAGUCUGAAUCGUUCAACUAUCUUUCUGAUACCAACGACCAAACGUCUGCUGUGGACACAUAUUUGGCUAGCAAGAACAGUGCUUCUGCUUUGAACCACGAGUCUUUUGUGGACUAUGGUGCACAGGUCCUCGAUCGAUGGGCAGACGAGGAUCAUCUUCAUCAGCAUUUCAACGAGAACAAUAUUGAUAACCAGAUUGAUAACACCAUCAUUACAGGCUCAAGAUCUUACAGUGAUUCAAAUCAUUCUGCUGAUUUAUUGCAAAACUCAUCUGUUUCAGACGAAACCCAAAAAAAUACCAUCAGAAACUCCAUGAUCUCGUCUGUCUCGAAACACAUCACAAACAAUAGUAGUAUGAAACUGAACAGAUCAAAGCAAAACACUUCGAACUCCAAUGUGAUAUUAAACCAAUCAAACAUUUCUCUUUCUAAUAUUUCUGGCCACUCCACCCCAAUAUUCAGCCUGAAAGAAGAUCCAACACUCAAAAUAAAUAGAAAUACUAACAAUACCAAAAUCCGGUCUACGAUGGGCAAUCAAGAUACCAAUAUCAAUGAUGACACCAAUAACAACAACAUAAACUACAAUUCAAAUGAUACCAGAAAUACCUAUAAAAGCAACAACAACAACAAUAAUAUUCCAGAGAAAAACAUUAAUCAACUACCAUCCGUUGAAUCUGAAGAAUUUAUAACCCCUUACAAUCAAAAAUCAUAUAAACAAUUCAGCAAUCCCUCCACAAUUCCAACCCCAGCUAUCCCUCUUCAUCAAUCUCAAUCCCAAUCAAAAUAUGAAUUGAAUUCAUAUCCUAAUCAUCAACAGAGCAUUGAUAUAAAUUCCUUGAUAGCCAAUGGGUUUUUAACUGGCUCUAAUAAUGAAAAUGAAAACAGUGGUCAUAAAAAUAGUACAAAUAAUAUGAUUGACAAAGAAAUAUUAAAAAACAUUGUCAGUGAGGUGUCAGAUCAAUUAUUGAAAAAUUUUAAAAAUAUUCUUAACGAGAAAAACAUCAAUUCUGAGUUUAAUCAACAAUCUGAAGAACUCAAACUUACCAACAUAAACCAAAACAAAAAUCCCAGAUUAUUCAACAAUUACAACCAUUUUAACUCAACUACCAACCAUGAUGCACCGGGCUCUGCAACCUAUAUUAAGCGGCUACAAGAAGCUGAAGCCAAUGAAAGAUACAAAUUUAGCAAUGAUCAUUCAAGUGAUCAUUCUGAUCCACCUUCUCCUUCACCGGCGCCGUCAAGAGAAUUAUUAAAAGAAACCACUGGGGAUAAAAACUUGGACAAUCAUUCCUCAUCUAAAAUAUACAAUAAUAAAAGCACUAUACACUCGGAUUUUAAUAUAACUCACUCUCCUAAAAAGAAACAAAUCAACCCAAAUCAACUCAAAUCAGAUUUCCCUUUUGAUACAGUUGAAAGUUUUAAAAGCAGUACACCAUACCUGAAUAACACAAACUCUCAUUCCUCAUCAAAUCAUUUUAGAUCUACUUCAGAACCUGCCAUAAAACCAUCCAAUAAAAAUCAAAAAAUACACUCUUCUAACGAAAAAAACCUUCCCUAUAAUCGUGAAAAAGAAAUCUUAAAUUAUAUAGAAAAUGAAAGAUUGUUAAAAAAAAAUAUAGAAUCAUUACAAAAUGCUCUUUUUGAAAAAGAAGAAAAAUACAAGACUUUGUUGGAAAUCAAACAGAUAGAGAUUGAUUCUUUAAAAUUGGAAAAUUCUGGUUUAAAAGAAAAAUUAAAGCUGAAAACCAGUUUUUCAGAAUCAAACAAUGCUCAAAAUCUCGAAAAGGAAAAACUCUCUUUAAAACUUAAACCUUCACAGCAGAAAGAUGUUAAUAAUAAAGCGGGAAUUCUGAAAAAUUCAAAUGAGUCCAAAAAAGUUUCUAUAACUGCAAAGAAAUCUCUGCAAACGCUGCAAAAAAUAAUCUCAAACAGAAUCAUAUCCAAGUUUGAUUCUUUUCUUGAGUUUUCUAAAAUUGAAAAGUUAAAUGAACUGCAAUCAAAAGAUGUUAUAAAAAAAGUUUGUCUGUUAAUGAAAGUCCCUUUUUCAUCCCUAUUUCAAGCUAUAAGAGGAUCCUUGGAAAUUUGUGAAAAUGAAUCAAUAUUAUUAAAAUUUGUCAAAAAUGUUCAUACCAUGCUUUACUUUGGCAAAAAAAUGCAUGUACCCUCGUUGCUUUCAUCUAUUCCUGUAACUGUUGAAGAAAAUUCAACAAAAACCACAGUUUCCCGUAAAAAACAAUUAACAUUAAAUCAAACAAUUAAAAAAAUUAAUAAUGAAAAAAACGCAUUCAAAGAAUGUUUAGAAGGAAUGAAAGAAAAGGUAAGCAUUUUGGUAACACUUGCAAACUACCAUCUUGAAUUAGCCAGUCAAUCCAAAGACGAAUCAAAUCAAAAGCAAAAAGCAAUGGUAGAAGAACUCAAAAAAGAAUUUGAUAUUAUUUCUAAUUGGCCCGUGAAACAGUAAAUAAAAUUUUCUAAAACAUUGGUAUUAAAUUAACUAAUUGUGGAAAAAAUAUAAACUGAUUGGAGGGUAUAAAUAAUAAAACAUGAAUGAAAAUACAUUUUAUGAAACACUU